CCAUAGCACCCCCACCCAGACAAAACACAUACGCUUUCUGUUUAUUUGCCUCCGAAAAAACACUCGAGCUGAAAACAAACGUCAAAAAUAACCAAACAAUCAUCGCGAGAAAAGCCAAAAUGGCUAUACUCGAGCCUGGAUAGUUAAUGACGCUUUGAUCAUGGUUAAAAGGACUAAAUUACUCGGCAUUAUUUCGAGUUUUCAUCUUGUGUUUGGGGUAUUUUCUGUAGUCCUUGGUAUAGUCACCUUCAAAGUCGCUCCGUAUUUCUAUGGCGUGUUUGGAAUGGGUGUUUGGCUUGGAGCAUGGAUGCUCAUAACAGGUGUUGCUGGGUUGUUAACAGCCAGUGUGCCAACAAACAUGUGCAGGCUUGGCAGCUUCAUCGGAUGCUCUCUGGUUGGUUUGGUCACUCUGUUUGUCUGUGCUAUCAUUAUUGGCUUAGGAGUCCUACAGCAUUUUAAGUUCGAAUCUUCUAUCAAUCGAGAGUACUACAUUGCCAAGGGACCAAAUUAUCAUAAAGAGUACUCCAGACCACAGGAGCAUUUUGACGAAAGAAAUCAGAAUGGAAAGAAUGGAGUGGGGAUCUAUGGGACAUUGCUAGCUUUAAUUGUAAUGGAUGUCAUUGUUAAUUUAGUAACUAUUGCUGUUUGCAAGGAAAUCAUCAAGAAAACUCAGCUGUCAAGGAGUGACCAUUCAGGAAAUAUGGUAAACGCACCACAAAGAACCAACAACAGAGGUGUAAGAAGAUCAUUGAGUCCACCACAAGUUGCCCUGCCAACUGUCAAUCAGCCUUUUGUUGAAGGAGAGUCAUGUCUCUACAUCUCAAGUGGGAUUCCUAAAUUACCGAGUUAUAUUGAACUCUUCCCAGAAGAAACAGUUCCACUACCACCAACUUCACAUCCUUCUGUAGCCAUAAAUGCCACGCCCUCCCCGACAGGGCCGGCAAUACCCAAUGAGGCGCCCCCUGCGUACACUCCCUGAGGGUAUGGUGCAAGAAAAGGCACCUAGAGUCACAUGUACAAGAAAAGGCACCUAGAGUCACAUGUACCAAGAAAAGGCACCUAGAUAAGGGAUAAAGAGUCAAGCAAAAUGUCUCUAAGUCUAGGUUCUCGCUCAUGGAAAUAAGCAAUUUGAUUUUCUUAAUUCUUUUUUAGAUAUUUUUUAAAAGCUAUGUUGAAUGAAUCACCAAGGAAAUGAACUAAAAAUAAGAAAUAUAUUUUUAUCGUCGGUCCUAUUUCUUGUAUGCCACCCCAGGAGACUGUUUCGUACAUACACAAGCCCUUUAUAAACCAGAAUGCUGUCACGCAGUGUUCUUUUCAUAAGUUUCACUAAAGUUUUUUUAUAGUUAUAAUAAAGUUGGCUUGCCAGCUAUUUACUAGUUUUUACAAUAAAGUUAGCAUAUUGGCAUUUUAUUUAUAUUAGAAAUCAAUCAGAAGAAGCAGCAAUAGAAGCAGUUGUUGCUGAAUGAUAUAAAAUCCACACGUCGCCGUAGAAUUAAAAACAAACGCACACGAAUAUUAAAGGGGCAGCAUCACCAAUUGCCGUCUGGUCUGGCAAGGCAUUUCUUGUGGGCCACGAUAGGACCCCAGACACUAAAUGACCUUCAAUAUAUCAAACAAGUAACCAAGAGAACCAAAGGUUCCCUCGGAUUUAUUGAAACUAGCGCCCGACUUAUACUCUGAUUGCGGAUUGUUGUGUAUUCCGAGUACCAUAUGUUUUUAUUUUUUCAAAAGUUGAUGAAAACUAAGUGAACGAGAAAAGGUACUCGGGCUAAUUGUUGAGCAAACCGUAGCCCACCGGAUACAUGGAUGCAGCCCCUUUAAUAAAUUAUUUCAAUUUGUAAGGCUAAGUUCAAACGUCGUAUUAUCCAUGUGCCGUAUUCAUUGCAAAUGAAUCGAGUCGAUUGUUUCAUCUUCACUUGCACGCGUUUGCAUUGAAUACGGCCGAUGGAUAAUACGGCGUCUGAACUUAGCCUUAGUGUCAGUUAUGUGUUCUACUGGUGCAUGGAAAGUCAGUUGUAACCAAUAAAUAAAGCAAAAGCAAAGAAA